CUUACAAGACCUAAUGAGCUCCCCCGGGAGGUUGAGCCGCGAGCCCGGGUCCGAGUGAGCAGACAGCGCCGCGCCUGGGCGGAAGCCGACCGGGAGCGGACGGGCCGCGCUGCGGACGGAACCGCGGCGAUGGCGGUGCAGGCUGCGCUGCUCAGCUCGCACCCCUUCAUACCCUUCGGUUUCGGAGGUUCCGCGGAAGGGCUGGUGAGCGCCUUCGGAAGUUUGGACAAGGGCUGCUGUUUCGAGGACGAUGAGAGCGGGGCGCCCGCGGGAGCGCUGUUGUCCGCUUCAGAGGGCGGGGACGUUCGCGAGGCCACCCGCGACCUGCUCAGCUUCAUAGACUCGGCGUCCAGCAACAUCAAGCUGGCGCUGGACAAGCCAGGCAAGUCCAAGAGGAAGGUGAACCACCGCAAGUACCUGCAGAAGCAGAUCAAGCGCUGCAGCGGCCUCAUGGGCACCGCGCCUCCGGGACCACCAUCCCCGAGCGCGCCAGACGCACCAGCUAAGCGGCCGCCGGGCGCCCCGGGAGCCCCAACCGUCGCCGCCCCAGCGCACUGCAAGGCCACCCCGAGGAGGGAGGCGACACAGGCCGCGGCUGCUGCCAGCCUACAGAGCCGAAGCCUGGCUGCCCUUUUCGAUUCUCUGCACCAAGUCCCCGGGGGCGCAGAGCCCGCAAGCGGUGGGGUGACCGUGCCGGUCCCGGGCCUCGGGGCAGCGAGCGCUGCGGGCGACGGGGCCGCCACCGCGGGGAGCUCAGCGGCCCCGGGCACCAGGAAGGUUCCUCUGCGCGCCCGCAACCUGCCCCCGUCCUUCUUCACUGAGCCGUCCCGGGUGAGUGGCAGCGGCGGAGGCACCGGUGGCAGCAGCUGCGGCUGUGGCCCCUCGGGGCAAGGAGUGAGCCUGGGUGACCUAGAGAAAGGGGCGGAGGCCGUCGAGUUCUUCGAGUUGCUGGCGCCGGACUUCUGCGCUGGUAACGAGUCCGGGGUCUUGCUGGCCGCGGAGCCUCUGGACGCGUUCCCAGCUGGAGCCACAGUCCUACGGGGACCCUUGGAGCUGGAGUCGGGCCCCUUUGAGCCAUCAGCGAUGGUAGGGAACCUACUCUAUCCUGAGCCGUGGAGCGCCCCGAGCUGUCCUCAGACCAAGAAGCCUCCUCUGGCUGGCGUUCGCGGUGGCCUGACCUUGAAUGAGCCUGUGCGCCUCCUGUACCCCACCGCCUUGGACUCUCCAGGUGGGGAGGACACACCAGCUUUGGCCUCUUUCCCCCCCUUCUUCCCAGAUUGCGCGCUGCCGCCGCCCCAUCAGGUGUCCUAUGAUUACAGCGCGGGCUACAGCCGUGCGGUUUACCCCAACCUCUGGAGACCCGACGGGGUCUGGGAAGGGGCGUCUGGGGAAGACGGGGCGCAUCCAGACUGACUGUGAGGUACCCUUCGUUUCCCUUAUAACUGCUGUGUGGGUAUCUCCUGAGUGGAGAGAAGAUGUGAAAAUAUUAAGUGAAGACAAAUGGGAUUUAAAACAACAGCAACUACAACAAAACAAACCACGCUUCAUCUAAUAAAAAACUUCAAGACAAGAGAUGAAGAGGAGUGGAGGGUUGUUUUCACCAGAAUCUCAGAUUUUAUUUUCUUUAAUUCUAAGGGGCCGUUAGAUUCUUACUUGGGCAAGAAGAGCCCUAAAAUCCCGAGAGAGGGUUUGGGGACUAAUCGGGUGGGAUGACGGAAGGGUCAAGAACAAGACAGGGCUUUUGUAACCACCUGCCUGUCUCAGUUCAGCCAAGGUCAGUGUGUUGAAGGUCUGUCCUUACCCCUUUGAAGCAGCGCCCUGGUGUCCCCCCACCUUGAGUACAUUAUGAA